AUGGAGGAAAAACAAGAAGUAGCAAAGAAUGAUACCAAAGGAAAAUUAGCAAAUAAAAAGCAGUCGAAGCAGGUUAGGGAGAUGCAAGAGAGACUUAAAAAAAUUAAGGAAGCUGAAGAAAGCAAGAAGAAACAAGAAGAGGAAAGAUUAAGGAAGGAAGAAGAAGAACACCUUCGGCUGGAAGAACUAGAAAGACCUGCUGAGGAUAAAAAAACACUUGAAAAAAGAGAGGGAGAAGGAAAAUCUCUUGAAGAAGAAAUUAGAAGGGAAAAUUUCUUGCUAGUGGCGGGGCUUUGCCAGUUUCAACUGGGGAGAGAAGAGUCUGUUGAUAGCACAAAAGUGCAAGAAAAUCAGCUGGAGAUUGUCUCUGAGGUUGAUUCCAUGGAAACUGAGAAGGCUGAGGAUAUCGAUUUGGGAAGUGUAGAGGAGAAGUCAGAAGAGUGGGAUGCGAGAAGUUGGGAUGAUGCCGAUCUUAAACUACCAGGAAAGAGUGCGUUUGAAGAUGAAGAGCUAGAUUCAGAUCCCCAACCUAUCAUUAAGAAAGCUGCAAGGUCCGUUGUGAGUGAUACGGGGCCACUGCCUAUUGCUGCCAAGUCUGUAAUUCCUACUCAAAAAGCGGUUGCAAGUGUACCAGCUGUCACUAAGAAUGAUGGGAGUAAGAAGAGGGAGCCUGAGGUUGUGAUUUCAGUGCAAGGUACAGAAAAACCUGGUGCUACUUCAAGCAAGAGUGAAGACAACCUUCGGUCUCCUAUUUGCUGUAUCAUGGGUCCAGUUGAUACUGGUAAAACAAAGCUUCUUGACUGCAUACGAGGCACUAAUGUUCAAGAAGGUGAAGCUAGAGGGAUUACACAGAAGAUAUGUGCAACUUAUUUUCCAGCUGAGAAUAUAAGGGAGAGAACUAAGGAACUAAAGGUUGAUGCCAAGCUGAAGGUGCCUGGAUUGUUGGUCAUUGAUACACCUGGACAUGAAUCAUUCACUAAUUUGCGUUCUCGGGGUUCAGAAAUUAUGAGUGAGGACGUGGGGGACAGUUGCCACACCAACAACCCAUUGAAUAUUGACUUGCACCGAGAUGACAUUGACGAUGCAAACAGUGUUUAUGAUCCCGCUCCAUUGGGUGAGAUAGGUGCAAUUCUCUUACCAUAG